AUGGAGCGACUGUUAUAAUGUUGCUGCGGUGACUUUCAGCCAUCAGUCGGUCCGGGAACAGACGGAGGAAAAACCCACCGGAGGAGCGGACAGUUUCACGGCUGAGGAUGAAGGUUAAACACGUCCUGACAGAGAAUAAACCAACUGCAGCUGCUCGUCUCGCGUUGUUUCAUCAUUAAAUCCUAAAAUCACCACACCAGACCGGGCUUUGGAAGAUCACGGUUUGAAAAGUCUCGUCAUAAAGAACAGAUGGGCGGGAGCUGAGACAACAGAAGGACGAAGCAACAGAAAGAGCACAUCACAUGGGUGCCAUCUCGCUUCCCGUGCUAGAGAUGACGGAUGAGACGUGGGAGAACGGCAGCUUCGCCAGUCCGUCGCCCGGACUCCCCCUGUUUCUGCUCAUGUUCAACGACAGCGAUCUGAACGAGACGCUGUUAAACUCCACCAACUCCAGCAUCCCAGAUGUGUCCUCAGGUCCCAGCGUGGCGGGGGUCCUCAUACCGCUCAUAUACAUAAUCGUGUGUAUCAUCGGCCUCGGCGGAAACACUUUGGUGAUUCACAUUGUGCUGCACUAUUCAAAGAUAGAGUCGGUGACCAACAUCUACAUCCUCAACUUAGCCAUCGCUGACGAGCUCUUCAUGCUCGGCCUGCCCUUCCUGGCGGUUCAGAACACGCUCCAGUCAUGGCCGUUCGGCUCCUUCAUGUGCCGACUGGUGAUGACGGUCGACUCCAUCAACCAGUUCACCAGCAUCUUCUGCCUGACCGUGAUGAGCAUCGACCGCUACCUCGCUGUAGUCCACCCCAUUCGGUCGUCAAAGUGGCGGCGGCCCCAGGUGGCCAAAGUGGUGAACGGCACCGUCUGGGCUCUGUCGUUUCUCGUCGUCCUGCCUGUGGUGAUCUUUGCCAACAUCCAGAAAGCCGGAGGUACCUGUAACAUCGCCUGGCCGCAGCCGGCUAACAUCUGGCGGGCAGCUUUCAUCAUUUACACCUCCACGGUGGGAUUCUUCUGCCCUCUUCUCAUCAUCUGCCUCUGCUACCUGCUCAUCGUCUUCAAGAUCCGCAGCUCGGGUAAAAAGGUCCACGCCACCUCUACCAAGCGCAGGAAGUCGGAGAGAAAAGUGACGCGCAUGGUCGUGAUUGUUGUCGCCGUGUUUGUCUUCUGCUGGCUGCCUUUCUACGCCCUCAACAUCAUCAACCUGCUGGUGUCGCUGCCCUCAGAGUACCAGGGCCUUUACUAUUUCGUGGUCGUGCUCGGCUACGCUAACAGCUGCGCCAACCCCAUUGUCUACUGCUUCCUGUCGGACAACUUCAAGAGGGGCUUCCGGAAAGCACUCUGCCGCUCCACAAGGAAGGUGGAGAACCACGAGCCCAUGGAGCGCCAACAGCAGAAGGAGGGCAGGUCGGCGAUCAUGCCCAGGGAGAGCCUGAGGCGGGCGAUCAGGGCCGAAGAGGAUGAAGAGGAGGAAGACGUCUCUGAAAUGAAUGAGAUCUACAGAAUCGCCCAAAAUGGCAACGGCAGCUUCCAGCCACAGAGCUCGCAGCCGCUGUUGUCGGAUAAAGGAGUGACUCCGGGAGCAACGGAGCUGUUGUCCCCAGAAAGGAAGGACAAGUCUGGGGACUUGAAAGGGAAAGAUGCAGCCAACGGGUCCACGCUGACUGUACCGUUGCUUCUCAAUGGAACCAAAAAUGGGAGCAUUAAAACUCUGCCAGAGGAAGCAUUGGACCAGAGCACCUCACUGGAGAUAAGUUACUUAUAAAGGAUCGUAUGCUACUUGCAGUGAACUCAGUAUUACGACACGGGGCAGCCAACACUGAGCUGUUUGUAAAAAAAAAAAAAAAAAACAGAUAUAUAAUGAAGACUUGAGGAAAACUUGCUUUUUUUCAUCAAUGGACUCAAAGUUUCUUUAACAUUUGAAGGAGUUGUUAAACUUUUACCAACAUACAUCAUGUAUUCCUGUUUAUAUCAUGUACAUACGCAUGAAUAUGAAUGUACAAAGUUGUGCCUUUAUUUACUUUUAUCACAUGUAUCUUGUUGAUUGUGGUACUUUAGCCUUUUUAUUCCAUAAUGUAUCAAUCAUUCGCUCAAAUUUGACUGUAUAAACUUAAACCAACAUUCACUGCAACCAUCCAUAGCUGAACAUCGAUGGUAUGACUUUAUUUAGGAAGGACUCCCAUGACUGCAACCCCCUAUAAAUCAUAUUUAUGAAUGUUUUAAGGGAGGUAUGAUUGCUGCCAGGAUUGUGUUUGCAGGAUUGUGUUGCCAAUAAAGCUGAUUCUGAUUCUGAUUCUGAUUCUGAUUCUGAUUCUGAGAUAUGGAGGAGAUGAAAUCAUACAGGUUCACCAGAAACUCCUUCAGCUCAGACU